UGUCUCGUUGUUGUCUGUACUCAGCUCAGAUAUGGAGGACAACAUAGACGUGGAAGCUGGAGAAAAUCCAUUUCAACCUUAUUUAGACGCUCUAUGGAAGGAAUUAGAACACCAAGACCCCAUAUUUAUUAUCGGAAUUAUAUUUUCUUUGGCUGUUGUUGUCAUCAGUUUUGUGUUGUUUAAGUACUUCCUGAGCAGCAAAACUGUCCAAAGUGCUGUGUUGCUGGUUGGUCUCUGCGAUUCUGGAAAGACCCUUCUCUUUAGUCGAUUGUUGUCAGGAAAGUUCAAAAAGACCCAGACCUCCAUCACAGACAACAGUGCCCCCUACAAAGCCAAGAACGAGAAGGGCAGCAGCUGGACCCUGAUCGACGUCCCUGGACAUGACAGUCUUCGUCCGCAGUAUGUGGAGAAGUUCAAAUCAGCAGCCAGGGCCAUAGUCUUUGUGGUGGACAGUGCCAUCUUCCAGAAAGAAGUGAGAGACGUGGCUGAGUUCCUGUACUUCCUGUUGACUGACAGUGCAGUGUCCAGGAAUGUCCCCUCUUUGAUAGUGGCCUGCAAUAAGCAAGAUAUCACCAUGGCAAAAUCUGCUAAGCUGAUUCAGCAGCAGCUGGAGAAAGAGAUGAACACAUUGAGAGUGACACGGUCUGCGGCUCUGGGCACCCAGGACGGGUCAGCGGGGUCCAGCGUGCACCUGGGGAAGAAGGGCAAGGACUUUGAGUUCAGCCAGCUGCCCAUGAAGGUGGAGUUCCUGGAGUGCAGUGCCCGCGGCAGCAAAGGGGAGAACGGGCAGGCAGACAUCGGCAGCCUUGAGAAGAGCCUGGCCAACCUGUGAGAUGGCUGGGUCUCGUUAUUGACCAUCUGGUUCCCAUAUAGGUCACUACUUUGGCCAAGAGCCCUUUGCUUAAGUGCGUUAUUCUGAAUGGGCUGUCUUAGGAUAUUUUCCCGAUGACUCUCAGCAUAUCAGGUGUGUCUCUAAAGUCUCUCUUCAGGACUCCAGACUCAAAUCACUAUACUAUGAGGAAGUGAAUAACUUAUUGUGCUGACAUCACAAGGUCAGCAGUGGCACGUAAUGUAGUGAAUGCCAAUUUGCAAAAAAAAACAUCUGAUAAUGAAAAAUAAAGUGUUUGCUUUUCUCCAGCAGGUGUUGUUGCUAUACGUUUCAGUGUUUCCACUAUAUUCCCCUUAAUUGUUGGCGCCACUCCAAUUUUUUUUUAAUAACAAUAAAAACCGGGAUAGUAAAACGUUUUUCAGUGUUAAAGUAAAUGACUAAAACCACAACAUAUGUAGGAAAGAUAAUGGAUCUAUAUAUAUAUACAGUAUAUAUAUAUAUAUAUACAGUAUAUAUUUUUUUAAGGAGAUAUUUGAGAACUAACAAUCACCUAAAUAAAAACUACAGUAAGGGAGAACCUAACAUUUCCAAAAUGUCAUGGCGUUGAUGUUAUGUUUGAGUCACUCGGGUGGCAUAAGCCAUGGCAAAAUGUGUAGAAUUGCCAGGAACUUUGCUACCGCUGCUGAAAAAAAAUCUUAGGGGAAAACAGCAUGUCUAGCAAAUGACCUGUCCCUUUCAUAGUGGAUACUCACCUACUCCUAUGAAACAGUGUGAACAUCUGCCUACUUAUAUUAUUUGUGUUAAAUUAGCUUUGUCAGACUUCUAGCACUUAAAACCACCCUUCUUGAGAGAGUAAUCUGAAUCUGUACCACUGUGUUAGCCAAAUAGGAAUGUUAUGUUAUUCAGCUUGUAAAUAAAAUGUGUUUACAGAUA